AUUAGAUGUCGGAACAUGUGUCACAUGUGUCAACCAGAGACCUCUAAAGUCGUGCUGGUCGAAGCCUCUUGGUUGAAGCAAUGACUGGCUGUUUUUUACGCGUGAUUUAGCAGCGCAGCGCUAGUUUUAAUGCCUGGGUGACGUAUCUAGCAUGAAUACGGUCCAUGUGACGCUCCGGAGCUUCACGUCGCUGUUAGCCAGAGGCAGUGCUCUCUCCGCUGCUCCGCCGGCAGCCACACGCUCUGACUCUCCUCUCCACCGGGCUGUUUUCCAGUUUUGCCGGGCAAUGGCUACUUGUAACAACCACAGCAGCAGCAGCACGGACGCCAGACAGCUGCUGGGUCCGAAGAAAGCCAAGAAGCAGAAGGAGCCGCUGCGGAGAGUAAAGACCAAAGAGUACCGGAGCAAACGAGGAGACGUUCACGGACCGUCCACCGUGUACCUGCAGGUGGUGGGAGCUGGAAGCAGAGACAAUGCUGCGUCACUUUAUGUCUUCUCAGAGUACAACAGGUACCUAUUUAACUGUGGUGAAGGAACACAGAGACUCAUGCAGGAACACAAGCUGAAAGCUGCUCGACUGGACAACAUCUUCCUGACCAGACUGAGCUGGGAGAAUGUCGGAGGUUUGUCAGGGAUGAUAUUAACCUUGAAGGACACCGGUGUUCCUGAGUGUGUUCUCUCUGGACCUCCACAGCUGGAGAACUAUCUGAACGCUAUCAAGUCAUUUUCUGGACCGCUGGAGGACAUCAAGCUGUCGGUGCGACCGUACACCGAAGAGACGCACACAGACGAUACGAUGACAGUUUAUCAAGUGCCGAUAUUUGCCAAGUCGAGGGAUGGCGGAAGACUGUCUCCCCCCCGGAGUCCUGCCGACAGCGGCCAGGACAGUCCAGGUGAAAAACGAAAAGUAACACGAGAUACCUCUCUGGUGGUUUCCUUUAUAUGCAAGCUUCAUCCCAAGAAAGGAAACUUCCUGGUGGCUGAAGCGAAGGAGCUGGGUCUGCCUCUGGGCACAGCAGCCAUCGGUCCUCUCAUCGCCGCUCUGAAGGACGGGAAAAGUGUCACGUACGAAGGGAAAGAGAUCCGACCCGAGCAGGUCUGUACUCCCACUGAUCCAGGACCAGUCUUUAUUAUUGUUGAGUGUCCGUCUGAGGAGUUUGUCGAAGCUGUUUGCAGCAACCGGCAGCUGAGAAGAUACCAAACAGGAGGGACAGAGGACGCUGCUGCGCUGGUGGUUCACAUGACCCCAGAAUCUGUUCUGAACACAGAUGAAUACAAAGAGUGGAUGGAGAGGUUUCCAUCAACGACAGAACACCUGAUAGUGAACGAACACGCGUGCACAGUUCACAACAUCAGAAGUCACAAGAUUCAAGCUCAACUGAACAUGAUUCACAGAGAGAUAUUUCCAGAACUCAAGCAUUACAAAACAAAGGAGCCUCAGGCUGCUCUGCACGUCCCCAACGUCAGAGCCGAGUGUCUGCUCAAGUUCCAGCUCAGACCAGUAAUGGAGUGGCAAAGAGAUGCGAUCCCCCCCUGCAACACCGACGAGUUUGUGAAAGAAGCUUCUGAGGUCCCGAACUUUCUGGAAGAAGUGGACAAGUGCAGGCAGAUCUGCUCGACUGAUGCUGCAGAGCUUUCUGAGAAAUACCCAGAGGUGGUUUUCUUGGGAACAGGAUCAGCUCUUCCAAUGAAGAUCAGAAACGUCAGCGGCACUUUAGUUAAUAUCAGCCCGAGUCAGUCGGUGCUGUUGGACUGUGGAGAGGGAACCUUCGGUCAGCUCUGCAGACACUACGGUGACGGUGUGGACGAAGCUCUGUCCAAGAUCUCAACAGUCUUCAUCUCACACCUGCACGCCGACCAUCACACGGGGCUGUUAAAGCUGCUGUAUCAGAGGGAAAGAGCACUGACAACACUAGGAAAGGCGUUCAGCCCCAUCUACCUGAUCGCUCCGGUCCAGAUCAUGUCCUGGCUCAACCAGUAUCACGACCACUGCGAGGAGAUCCUCAACCACGUCAACCUCGUCCCGAACAACUUCCUGUGCGAUGACGCCGAGAUGCCGAAGCAGAGGACGAAAUCGUUCAUCCAAGCGCUGCUGAAAAAGAACGAUCUGGAAAAGUUCCAGACGUGCACAGUGCGUCACUGUAAGAACGCCUUCGCCUGCAGCUUCACUCACCAGUCGGGCUGGAAACUGGCCUUUUCCGGUGACACUAUGCCCUGCCAGCCGUUCGCACACAUGGGAAAGAAUGCAACCUUACUAAUCCACGAGGCCACGCUGGAAGACGGGCUGGAGGAAGAAGCUUUGGAGAAAAGACACAGCACGACCUCACAGGCCAUCGGUAUCGGCAUGAAGAUGAAAGCCGAGUUCAUCAUGCUGAACCACUUCAGCCAGCGUUACGCUAAGAUCCCGCUUUUCAGCGAAGACUUCAGCGACAGAGUGGGAAUAUCGUUCGACCACAUGAGAAUUCGCUUCGGAGACUUAAAAACCCUCCCUCGGCUCAUUCCUGCACUUCAGACCCUCUUCGCCGAGGAUAUCGGUGAGAUGGAGGAGAGGAGAGAAAGGAGGGAGCUGAAACAUUCCAGAGGAAGCAGCUUUGACGCGAACAGCGAGCAGAAGACGAGCGGAGCGGACGCCGCGGCGGUGGGCCGAGGCGCCAAACGAGACCAGGAGGAGGCAGCGACGCACGACGUAGAAACUAAGAGACUAAAAUCCAGCUGAAGCCUGACUCAUCAGUAUUUCACUAAAAAAGAGAAAAAGGACUUUAACUGAGAGCAUCCUGAGUUGUUUUAUUUAAACAAACCUUAUUUUUGUUUGACUCGUGUGGUUUAAUGACAGAAGAUGCAUGUAUAUUUCCUGCAUUGUAAAGAGCAAAGUUGUUUUUUCAUUAAAUAGAAUAAAGCAGUACCACACAGUCACACA